UUGUUUAUCCAAUCAGCUGUUGUGCUUGGCUUUGUUGUUGGUGAUGACAUGGACAUAUUUGUUGUUACUGGAAGGCGAGGGUAGAGCGUGGUAAGGAGGGUCAGGUUUGAGCGAUUGAUUUCGAAAUUUUGAAGAAGAAAAAAACGAGGCUUUGUUUUCCCAGGUUUCAACGAUAAAAUAACUGAGGUGGGGGUGAAAAGCGGUUAUGUCGGUGAAUAUGGACGAACUCAGGCAUCAAGUGAUGAUAAACCAGUUUGUUUUGACUGCUGGUUGUGCUGCUGAUCAAGCGAAGCAGCUUCUUCAAGCGGCUCACUGGCAAUUCGAGACAGCCUUAAGCUCCUUUUUCCAGGAGGCCAACAUCCCUAGUCACCACCACCAGAUGAUGUGCACUCCAAGGAACACCCCAGCCACGCCGCCUAACUUCCCUGACACCAUCACCAUGUUCUCCAAGCUGAGGGCGUCAGACUGCUCGGGGAGCUCCGGAGGUCCCACCCAGGUGUCCAUGGCCUGCUCUCCCCCCUCCUCCACAGCUGGCUUCGGAUCCUUCUGGGCCUCAUCACCCCCCAACCACCAGCCCGUCUGGCUGCCCCCCUCCUCGCCCACAGGCCACCACAUGCACCACCACCACUACCAGCACCACCACCACAUGCACCAGACCCCCAUGUGGCCCCCUGUGUCCCAGCCCGGCAGCGCCCAGCAGACCCCUGUUGUAUCGGUCCUGCAUGGCCAGAGAUGAGACUCUACCCAGGUGUGGGAGGGAGGGGGCUGGGGAGGAUAGGGUGGGGCUGGGCUGUGUGCAGCCUAAUGAAUCUACAAGGGGGGUUUGGUGUCAGGAUUAAAGGGUCUUGUUGGCCAAGGGGAAAAGACACGCUACUGUUGUUUUCCUUCCUUUCUUUCUGUUUUUCUAAAAUGACGAUGAACAAUGUCUUCUUUGGAGGACGUCUGUUUCCUCUCUCUCUUCAUCAUAACUCAUCAAACGCCUGGGAAGAACCGGGGGAGAACCACUAAUAACAAUAUGAGGAAGUGGAAUAACGAAGGGGGUGGAGUCUCUGAAACCCCCCCCCCCCCCCCCCCCUAAAGGACUCUGGGAAAUGCCGUUUUCUUCGUCAAUGCAAGUCGAGCGCUGGACCCAGCAGAGCACUUACUUAGGAUAGGAGCCAUGUGAUCUGCUAAAGUGCUUGAUCAUUGGCUGUUUUUCAAAACUCUUCUCUCCCUUGGGGUUCAAUAACGCUCCAGUGAUGUGACCAGAUUUCACAAUAACCAGCAGACAAAAACAAAAUGGGACUGCAACACAAAUGAUGAUGGUGUUGUGUUCUCGGCUGAUCUUAUGGCCCAGAAAAAAUAUGUUUUCAAUAUUGUUUGUGGUAUGGAUGUCUGUAUAGUACAGAUCAUGGACAAACACUGUAGCCAUUUUGUCAAGUUUCAUGUAGCCAUGUAUCUCUUUUUAAAAUGUCUAUUUUGUAAGUACUAUGUAGCUUAGUGAAACUUGACUCAGUGACUCCGCUGCAUGCUGUUGUGUCUGAGAAGUGGGCUCUUCAGUAUGUGUGGACUCGAAGCUUUGGUUUUAAAGUGUCUGAAAGCUGACCUUCACAUCAGAGGUGUUUUAAGGAGACGACGUGUAAAGAAAUGUUAAUACUGUAAUUCAGUUUGUGUUGAGAUACAGCAAAGUAUGCAAUCAUUUGAGGAAGAUUUGAAGCCAGUUUAAAGGCUGAUGCAUUUUUAUCAUUGUUUUUGGGAACAUUUUCUACCUAUGGAUGUCAAAGGACUCCCAAGUGGCGCAGCGGUCUAAGGCACUGCAUCUCAGUUCUAGAUGCGUCACUACAGACCCUGGUUUGAUUCCAGGCUGUAUCAGAACCGGCC